CCGGACGGGGCCAGGAUGGCCCAAUGGAGAAAGAGGGCCGGCGUGCCAUUGGCCUCUCCACCGUCACCCAAAACCCCUCUCUCUCCGGCGUCAAUCACAUAUGGAUACUAUGGAGAACCUGAGGACGUCGGAGGAGCGAGUGUCGGAGAAGCGCGGUGUGUGUGACAAAAGCACGUAAGCCGCUUCAUAAUAGGGCGAGGCGACGCGGGCGAAAAAGUGUAGAGGGAAUCCGCGAGGCUCAAAAGGAGAGAGAGAGAGAGAGCGCGAGGGCCCUCUAAAAAACGUUUGUUUUAGAGAGAGAGCGAGAGAGAGAGAGGGAAGAUUUGGGGAGAGGGCCUCUUUCUCUGCGGAAAUCCCCAUAACGCAUUUCUCUUUCUGCGUGCGCACCAAAGGGGCCGAGGAUUCUUCCCAUGACUGAGCAUCAGCGGUCGGUUAACUGAGCUCUUCGCUCCACUCCAUUUCCGAUCUGGAAUUCCACCUCUCUCUCUCUCUAACCGGCCAGUGGCCCUAGGCGUUUGUCCUGAUUGCCUCCUCAUUCUCCCGAGUUUCGAGGAACUUGUAAAAUAUAAUGGCCAUGAUAGAUGAGCCACUCUAUCCAAUUGCUAUACUGAUUGAUGAGCUUAAAAAUGAGGACAUUCAGCUGCGACUGAAUUCAAUCCGUAGGCUCUCAACAAUUGCACGGGCUCUUGGUGAAGAGAGAACCAGGAAGGAACUAAUCCCUUUCCUUAGCGAGAACAAUGAUGACGAUGAUGAGGUUCUUCUUGCAAUGGCGGAGGAAUUGGGUGUGUUUAUCCCUUAUGUUGGUGGGGUGGAACAUGCCCAUGUGUUGUUGCCACCAUUGGAGACACUUUGUACUGUGGAGGAAACUUGUGUGAGGGACAAAGCUGUGGAGUCAUUAUGUCGAAUUGGGGCUCAGAUGAAGGAAAGUGAUUUGGUGGACUGGUUUAUCCCUCUGGUUAAGAGACUCGCAUCCGGUGAAUGGUUUACUGCACGAGUUUCGUCAUGUGGUCUGUUCCACAUUGCUUACCCAAGUGCACCAGAAAUGUUGAAGGCAGAACUAAGAUCCAUAUACAGCCAGUUGUGUCAAGAUGAUAUGCCUAUGGUUAGAAGAUCUGCUGCAUCCAACCUGGGAAAAUUUGCUGCUACAGUUGAACCAAAUUAUCUGAAGACAGACAUCAUGUCAAUUUUUGAGGAUCUCACACAUGAUGAUCAGGAUUCUGUUCGUUUGUUGGCUGUUGAGGGUUGUGCUGCUCUUGGAAAAUUGUUGGAACCACAGGAUUGUGCAGCACAUAUCUUACCUGUCAUUGUUAAUUUCUCUCAGGAUAAAUCUUGGCGUGUUCGUUACAUGGUUGCGAAUCAAUUAUACGAACUUUGUGAAGCUGUUGGCCCUGAGCCUACCAGGUCUGACCUAGUGCCUGCAUAUGUUCGAUUAUUGCGAGACAAUGAGGCAGAAGUUCGCAUUGCAGCUGCAGGAAAAGUGACCAAAUUUUGCCGGAUAUUGAAUCCACAGCUUGCUAUUCAGCACAUUCUCCCUUGUGUAAAGGAACUAUCCUCAGAUUCUUCGCAACAUGUUCGUUCUGCCUUGGCUUCUGUAAUAAUGGGAAUGGCACCUGUUUUAGGAAAGGAUGCAACAAUUGAUCAACUUCUUCCAAUCUUUCUAUCCCUUCUAAAGGAUGAAUUUCCUGAUGUUCGUCUCAAUAUUAUUAGCAAGCUUGAUCAAGUAAACCAGGUGAUUGGAAUUGAUCUCCUGUCCCAAUCUCUCUUGCCAGCCAUUGUUGAACUUGCAGAGGAUCGGCAUUGGAGAGUUCGCCUUGCAAUAAUUGAGUACAUCCCAUUAUUAGCAAGCCAGUUGGGUGUGGGAUUCUUUGAUGACAAGCUUGGAGCUCUUUGCAUGCAGUGGUUGCAAGAUCAGGUUUUCUCAAUCCGUGAGGCUGCGGCAAAUAACUUGAAGAGGCUUGCUGAAGAAUUCGGCCCUGAUUGGGCAAUGCUGCACAUAGUUCCACAGGUCUUGGAAAUGAUAAACAACCAGCAUUAUUUGCAUCGUAUGACCAUUCUUCAUGCAAUUGCUCUUCUCGCUCCAGUUAUGGGUUCAGACAUCACAUGCCAGAAACUCCUACCUGUGGUCAUCAACGCUGCAAAGGACAGGGUUCCAAACAUUAAAUUUAAUGUGGCUAAGGUGUUGCAGUCUCUCAUUCCGAUCCUUGACCAGUCUGUUGUGGAACAGACUGUACGUCCCUGCUUGGCUGACCUAAGCGAAGACCCCGAUGUGGAUGUGAGGUUUUUCUCUGGUUUGGCACUUCAGGCCUGUGAUCAGGUGAUGAUGUCUUCUUAAUGCAAGCCCUAGACGAUCUUAGCGAGUGAUUCCUUCAUUAGAGUUGACCCCUAAAAAAGUAACAAAAAAGAGGAGGGAAGGUAAAACAGUAGAGAAAAGAAAUGCCUUAUGUAAUGGUUUUGGAGUUCAGAAAUUUGUUCUCUGAUAUUAUUAUCUUGUAUGUACUGAAAUUUUACUAUAGAUUUCUUUUUGAUGCUUCCAAACUCUUAGGUGUGCAUAUGCUUAGAAUUCUUUUUUUUUAUGAAUUUGAAAUUUGUUAAUUAUAUGUAUUCGUCAACUUUAGAGAAUGCCCUAUUUAUUUAAAUGGGCGCACAACUUUUAGGACGCAAUGCAAAGCAGGUUGUUAGUACA